AUGGGAAUGGGAAGCGGCCACCUCAAUCUCGGCGGCCGAGUGAAUCCACAAGCCUAUGUCAACCAGGACUCUGCCUUGACCAACUCGGUGCUCUCCCAACAGCGCAUGAACGGCCACGAGCAGACUCGAUACGCCCCGCAAUUGGCCCCGCAGGAGGAAUAUGGAUCCCUGCAUGGGCAGCAACAACCACUCUAUGAUGGUAUCCCCACGAUCGAUACGGGUUUGGCCUCCGAUGCCGGCUCCAAGUAUGGAUCUCCGGCAGAAGAUGUUCGAUAUCCCAUGUCGCCUAGUAACAACCACCUGAGCGCUCUCGAUGCGGGCCUCCCUGCUUCGUUCGACAGCCAAGGAAUCUCUCAUGCUGCCCGCUACGGUCCGGUGGCUGCUUCCAUGCCCUCGCAAUAUGGAUUGGAAUCGCCACCACCCCAGAGACCGGGACAUGCAGAUAUUUUCCGAAAUUUACGCGAUAUUGGCUAUGCUACCAGCUUGCGCAAGCAUCCAUCGAACAUCGGAUCCUCUCCCCCUGCUCUCGAAGACACAGGCGGUACCCGGUUCUUGCACUCUUCGCGCCACGUCAAGCCGCGCAUGCUUUCCGCCAGUGUUCCUCGUCCCAUGGUCCUUGAGGACUGGGAUGAGAACUUCCCCAUGGAGGAGGAUUACCUACCAGUCAACCUGCACGACGAUGUUCUGACCCCGCAGGAAAAGCUGCGCCGUCUCUCCAGAACUGAUAACGACCUAAGCUCCAGCCACCGGGACAUCAGCGGCCUUGGCAUGACCGGCACCAGUUUCUCUAAGACAGGUUCUCCCCUGGCGUCGAGCCCGUCUCGGUUUGGUGCAUUAUUUGCCAAGCAGCGCCAGCGCAAGGAGGAGGAAUCUCAUGGAUCUGCCUCUUUCCACAUCGGUUCUCCUCUCCGUGAAUCAUCACUGAACCCAAUCACCAGUCCUAGCCUGGGACCUAUUGGCAGUAGCCGGGCAUCUCACGAAGGGGCGUCGUUUAUCUCGAGCCCCGGACGUCAAUCCUCAAUGUCGAUGAUUUCUGAGCAGCUUGGCGGCAUGGGCCUUCACCCUGGUUCUGCUCGCCAGUCAUCUGCUGGUCCUAGCGGUCUCCUUGACCGAAUCAUCUCCUCUCCUGUCAGCACCAGCAAAAUUGAGGAGGAAGAGCAGAGUGACCUGGUCUUUGACAUGGAGGAAGAAGUCGGCAAUAAGCGGACCAGUGCUUUAUGGAGUGAGAACAAAGAAACAUCCUCCUAA